GGAUGGAUGUUGUCUCCAUGGGGACUGUGAGGAUGUCCCAGGUGUGGAUGCGGAGAUGGGUCGUCCUGCUGAUGAGUCUGCAGUUGGUACAAGCAGGCUUCAUGGAGGAUUAUGGGGAUUUUAUGAAGGAUCCAACGGACUUUACAACCUGGCCGCCAACAACAACAACAGUGUUCCCAAUGACGACUGUGAUGGUAACAAAAGUUGAACCGAAUCCUGAUCAUCAGUCCACGAUCUGCAGCACAUGGGGAAAUUUCCACUUCAAGACCUUUGAUGGUCAAUUCUUUCAAGUGCCAGACACGUGCAACUAUGUUCUGACAGUGAUGUGUGACACUGCCACAUCUGAUUUUAACAUCCAAAUGCAAAGAGAGACUGUGAAUGGUUCAAUCACUUUUAGCACAGUCACAAUAAAACUGCAGGGAACGAUCAUCAAAAUCACUAAUGGCGACAUCACCAUGGAUAAUAAAGUGGUGUCGAUUCCAAUCAGUCAGAAUGGAAUUAAAAUUGAAGGAACCCCGACAAGUAUUAAAGUCUCCAGAUAUGGAAUGACUGUCUUCUGGGAAGAAGACAACUCUAUAUUGAUUGAACUUGCAGAGAAGUACCAAGGUCAGACCUGUGGACUCUGUGGAAACUACAACGGCAACAAGAAUGACGAUAUCCCUAAAAGCGGCCUAGACACCUGGAAGGUUUCCACACCAACUGAAUCCUGCGAGGAUGUUACACUUCCUCCUGGGGAUCAGUGCGACCAGCACAUAAGCGUUUGCCAGCAGUAUCUCAGCAGUCCAGGGUUUGCCAACUGUCAAAAUGUGAUGGACAUGAGUUCAUUUGAAAAAGCUUGUGUAGACGACCUGUGUCAGUGUUACGGAAAUUACGACUGUCUCUGCCACACGCUAACAGAGAUUUCACGACAGUGCACUCAUGCUGGAGGAAAACCAGGAACAUGGAGGACAGAACAGCUCUGUCCAAAGAAGUGUCCUCUGAACUUGCAAUACAUGGAGUGUGGGAGUCCGUGCAAGAACACCUGCUCAGAUCUGACCGCAAGUCUACUGUGUAAAGAACACUGUGUGGAUGGCUGUUUUUGCCCUGAAGGCACCGUGGAAGAUGACAUUGGUCAGAGUGGCUGUGUUCCUGUGAAGGAGUGCCCUUGUGAUCAUAACGGUUCACUAUAUCAAUCAGGAGAGUCUUACACACAAGCUUGCAAAAAAUGUGUGUGCGCCGCUGGACACUGGACUUGUACAAACCUGGAAUGUCCCGGAAUCUGCUCUGUUGUGGGAGGGUCUCACGUCACCACUUAUGAUGGAAAGACCUUCACCUUCAGUGGCAACUGUGACUACAUCCUCACUAAGCACUCUAAUGACAGUGAUAUUGCUGUUGUGGGAAAGCUGGCCAAGUGUGAUCCUGCCCGAACAGACACAUGUCUAAAUUCAGUUACCCUUGUAAUUUCGGGGACCACUAUUAGUUUUGCCUCCAAUGGUGUUGUGACACUGGAUGGAAACAGUCCAUAUAAGCUUCCUGCCACCACAGGUCCUGUGAGCAUCUUCCAGCCCACUUCCUCUUUCAUCAUUGCUGAUAUGAAGAGUCUUCGUCUGGAGAUCCAGUUGGCUCCAGUCAUGCAGUUGUAUAUUGUAGCCAGACCUGAAGAGAAAGGAAAGAUGAGUGGUCUAUGUGGAAACUAUAAUGAUGUCCAAUCAGAUGAUUUCAAAACAGAGUCUGGUAUCAUAGAGGGUACACCAAUAACGUUUGUCAACUUUUGGAAGAAAAACCCAUAUGGUUGUCCAGAUAUUGAAAACACAUUUGACAACCCCUGUAGCUUGAGUGUGGACACAGAAAAACCUGCUAAAGACUGGUGUUCCCGUCUUACAAACAGCAGCGGAGUCUUUUCCGCAUGUCAUUCAGAAAUAUGUCCUGAGAUUUUCUACCAAUGGUGUGUCUAUGACACCUGCAAAUGUGCAGAUAUUAGGAAGUGUAUGUGUGCGGCUGUGUCCAACUAUGCCCACGCCUGUGCUGCCAGAGGAAUCAUUCUCCAGGGAUGGAUGGAUUCUGAACCCUGUGUAUCUGACUGUUCAGAAAACAUGAAGCACUCCUACGGUGUGUCCAGCUGUGGAAGCACCUGCCGCUCUCUCAAUGAACCAAACAACACCUGCCCAGGGUCCUUCACACCAGUAGACGGCUGCGUCUGUUCUGAGGGAACCUACCUUAAUGAAGUUGGCAGUUGUGUGCCUGCCCACCAGUGUCCUUGUUACAAAGGCAACCAGGUCAUAGAACCAUCGGCAACAUCCAACAUAGACGGUGUUGCAUGCACCUGUACGCUUGGAAAAUUGCACUGCUCCAGUAAGGAAGACUGUGUGGCUCCAAUGGUCUACUUCAAAUGCUCAAAUUAUGAACCUGGAACAAAAGGGACAGAGUGUCAGAGGACCUGUCAGAACCAAGACCUAAGCAACUGUGUGAGUACUGGGUGUGUAUCAGGGUGUAUGUGUCCAGAUGACCUUCUGGCUGAUGGAAAAGGUGGGUGUGUGGAGAGGACAAACUGCACCUGUGUCCACAACGGACUCAGUUAUUCACCUGGAGAGCAAGUUCAAGAGGACUGUAACACCUGCACAUGCACAAAUGGUAUGUGGACAUGUACAGAUAAUGAGUGUUACGGCACCUGUACCAUCUAUGGUGAAGGUCAUUUCAUGACUUUCGAUGGCAAGAAAUAUUCUUUCCCUGGAGACUGUGAACACAUCUUAGCCCAUGCUAAUUGCAAUAAUGAACAGAGUCCAUAUUCUCUACGCCUGGUCACAGAGAACAUCCCCUGUGGCACCAGUGGCACCAUUUGCUCCAAAUCCAUUAGUCUUUCCUUUGGGAGAUACAAGAUGAUUUUAUCGGAGGAGAAUGGGAUCAAAGUUGUUGAAAGCAAUGGCACUGAUUACCUGUAUCAAAUCCAUACUGCUGGAAUAUACAAUGUCAUAGAGGUCAAAGGUCUUUUGAACUUAAUCUGGGACAAUAAAACGAGUCUGAUGCUCCAACUCCAUCCUAAAUUUAAGGGCAAGGUGUGUGGACUGUGUGGAAACUUUGACGGUAAUGCAAACAAUGACUUUGUGAAGCAUGAUGGAGAAGAGGUCACUGAUGCAGUGGCAUUUGGAAACAGCUGGAAGGUAAAUCCCAGCUGUCCAGAAGUGAGCAACUUGAUGAAUCCAUGUGAAAAAAAUCCACAUCGGAGUGCCUGGGCUAUCAAACAAUGCAGCAUCAUCACAAGCCCUGUCUUUACAGACUGCCAUUCACGUGUGGAAUCUGGUCCGUACUAUGAUGCCUGCGUAAGAGAUACCUGUGCAUGUGACAGUGGGGGUGACUGUGAUUGUUUCUGUACUGCAGUGGCAGCUUAUGCUGCUGAAUGUCGUAAAAAAGGAGCUUGUGUGGCAUGGCGGAGCCCAAGCAUAUGUCCUUUAUUCUGUGAUUACUACAACAGCCCUCCAGAUGAAUGUGAAUGGCACUAUAGAACCUGUGGAUCCGCUUGCAUGAAAACUUGCAGUAACCCGUCGGGAAAUUGUUCUAAUCAAAUUCCUCUUUUAGAAGGUUGUUUUCCUCGGUGCCCCUUAGAAAGGCCUUUUCUGAGGGAGGACACAAGGAAAUGUGUUAUGGAGGCAGAAUGUCUUUCUCUGUGUACCUAUGAUGGGAAAGUAUACACUACUGGACAAGUGGUGUAUGAUACAACAGAUGGGAAUGGCACAUGUUUUACAGCUGUGUGUGAUUUUAACGGCAUGAUAAUAAGAAAUAUUUACCCAUGCGUGACAAUAACCACGCCAUUCACUUUCACAUCUCCACCACAAACCACUAAAACAACAAUUAUAAUAACAGUUACAAAGUCUUCCACCUCGACGCCAACUACAAACUGCUGGUACACCAACAUCACCAGGAUUUUCUACUACUACUGUUACUAUGCCAACACCAUCUACAGAAACAAAACCUACAAAAGGAACAGAAACACCAUCCACAGCUACUACAACUGCUGGUACACCAAAACCGACUUCACCAGAAAUUUCUACUACUGCUGUUACUGCUGGAACAACACUCACAAAAACACCACCUCCUACACGAACAGAAAUGUCAUCAACGGCAACAACAACGGCUGGUCCACCGACACCUACAUCACCAGGAGUUUCUAUUACUGCUGUUACUGCUCCUACUCCAUCUACAGAAACACAACCUCCAACAAGAACCAAAACACCCUCCACAACUGCUACAACUGCUGGUACACCAACAUCACCCAGAGUUUCUACUUCUGCUGUUACAUCGCCAACACCAUCUACAGAAACAAAACCCCCCAAAGCAACAGAAACACCAUCCACAGCUACCACAACUGCUGGCACACCAAAACCAACAUCAACAGGAAUUUCUACUACUGCUGUUACUGCUGGAACAACACUCACAGAAACACCACCUCAGACACGAACAGAAACGCCAUCAACAGCAACAACAACCGCUGGUCGACCAACACCUACAUCACCAGGAGUUUCUACUACUGCUGUUACUGCUCCAACACCAUCUACAGAAACACAACCUCCAACAGGAUCCAAAACACCAUCCACACUGUUACUACUAAAACACCACUGACCGAAACACCUCCUCCGAAAAGAACAGAAUCUCCAUCAACAGCAACUACAACUGUUGGUCCACCAACACCUACAUCACCAGGAGUUUCUACUACUGCUGUUACUGCUCCAACACCAUCUACAGAAACACAACCUCCAACAGGAACCAAAACACCAUCCACAGUUGCUACAACUGCUGGCACCACAACACCAACAUCACUAAUAAUUUCUACUACUGCUGUUACUACAGGAACACCAUUGACUGAAACGCCACCUCCGAAAAAAACUGAAUCGCCAUCAACAGCAACUUCAACUGUUGGUCCACCGACACCUACAUCACCAGGAGUUUCUACUACUGCUGUUACUGCUCCAACUCCUUCUACAGAAACAAAACCUCCCACAGGAUCCAAAACACCAUCCACAGUUACUACAACUGCUGGUACACCAACAUCACCAGGAGUUUCUACUACUACUGUUACUAUGCCAACACCAUCUACAGAAACAAAACCUCCAAAAGGAACAGAAACACCAGCCACAGCUACUACAACUAAUGGUACACCAAAACCGACUCCACCUGAAAUUUCUACUACUGCUGUUACUGCUGGAACAACACUCACAGAAACACCACCUCCUACACGAACAGAAAUGUCAUCAACGGCAACAACAACUGCUGGUCCACUAACACCUACAUCACCAGGAGUUUCUACUACUGCUGUUACUGCUCCUACUCCAUCUACAGAAACACAACCUCCCACAGGAACCAAAACACCCUCCACAGCUGCUACAACUGCUGGUACACCAACAUCCCCCAGAGUUUCUACUACUGCUGUUACUUCGCCAACACCAUCUACAGAAACAAAACCCCCCAAAGCAACAGAAACACCAUCCACAGCUACCACAACUGCUGGUACACCAACACCAACAUCACAAAUAAUUUCUACUACUGCUGUUACUACUAAAACACCACUGACCGAAACGCCACCUCCGAAAAGAACAGAAUCGCCAUCAACAGCAACUACAACUGUUGGUCCACGGACACCUACAUCACCAGGAGUUUCUACUACUGCUGUUACUGCUUCUACUCCUUCUACAGAAACAAAACCUCCCAAAGGAACAGAAACACCAUUCACAGCUACCACAACUGCUGGUACACCAAAACCAACAUCACCAGAAAUUUCUACUACUGCUGUUACUGCUAGAACAACACUCACAGAAACACCAACUCCAACACGAACAGAAACGCCAUCAACAACAACCUCUGGUCGAACAACACCUACAUCACCAGGAGCUUCUACUACUGCUGUUACUGCUCCAACACCAUCGACAGAGACACAACCUCCCAAAGGAACCAAAACACCAUCCACAGUUGCUACAACUGCUGGUACACCAACACCGACAUCACAAAUAUUUUCUACUACUGCUGUUACUACUAAAACACCACUGACUGAAACUCCACCUCCGAAAAGAACGGAAUCACCAUCAACGGGAACUACAACUGUUGGUCUACCAACACCUACAUCACCAGGAGUUUCUACAACUGCUGUUACUGCUCCUACUCCAUCUACAGAAACACCACCUCCCACAGGAACCGAAACACCAUCCACAGCCACUACAACUGCUGGUUCACCAAAACCAACAUCACAAGGAGUUUCUACUACUGCUGUUACUGCUCCUACUCCAUCUACAGAAACACCACCUUUCACAGCAACCGAAACACCAUUCACAGCUACUACAACUCUUGGUAAACCAACUUCACCAGAAAUUUCUACUACUGCUGUUACUGCUCCUACUCCAUCUACAGAAACACCACCUCCCACAGGAACUGAACCACCAUCAACAGCUACUACAACUUCUGGUACACCAACACCAACAUCACAAGAAAUUUCUACUACUGCUGUUACUACUGAAACACCAAUCACAGAAACACCCGCUCCAACACAAACAGAACCAUCAACGACAACAACAACUGCUGGUCCACCAACACCUACAUCACUAGGAUUUUCUACUACUGCUGUUACUGCUCCUACUCCAUCUACAGAAAUACCACCUCCCACAGGAACCGAAACACCAUCCACAGCUACUACAACUCUUGGUAAACCAACAUCACCAGAUAUUUCUACUACUGCUGUUACUACAAAAACACCAAUCACAGAAACACCCCCUCCGACACAAACAGAACCAUCAACGACAACAACAACUGCUGGUCCACCAACACCUACAUCACCAGGAGUUUCUACUACUGCUGUUUCUGCUCCUACUCCAUCUACAGAAGCACCACCUCCCACAGGAACUGAAACACCAUCAACAGCAACUACAACUGCUGGUACACCAACACCAACAUCACAAGAAAUUUCUACUACUGCUGUUACUACUGAAACACCAAUCACAGAAACACCACCUCCGACACAAACAGAACCAUCAACGACAACAACAACUGCUCGUCCACCAACACCUACAUCACCAGGAGUUUCUACUACUGCUGUUACUGCUCCUACUCCAUCUACAGAAGCACCACCUCCCACAGGAACUGAAACACCAUCAACAGCAACUACAACUGCUGGUACACCAACACCAACAUCACAAGAAAUUUCUACUACUGCUGUUACUACUGAAACACCAAUCACAGAAACACCACCUCCGACACAAACAGAACCAUCAACGACAACAACAACUGCUCGUCCACCAACACCUACAUCACCAGGAGUUUCUACUACUGCUGUUACUUCUCCUCCUCCAUCUACAGAAGCACCACCUCCCACAGGAACCGAAACACCAUUAACAACUUCUACAACUGCUGGUACACCAACACCAACAUCACAAGAAAUUUCUACUACUGCUGUUACUACUGAAACACCAAUCACAGAAACACCCCCUCCGACACAAACAGAACCGUCAACGACAAGAACAACUGCUGGUCCACCGACACCUACAUCACCAGGAGUUUCUACUACUGCUGUUACUGCUCCUACUCCAUCUACAGAAGCACCACCUCCCACAGGAACCGAAACACCAUCCACAGCUACUACAACUCUUGGUACACCAACAUCACCAGAAAUUUCUACUACUGCUGUUACUACAAAAACACCAAUCACAGAAACACCUCCUCCGACACAAACAGAACCAUCAACGACAACAACACCUGCUGGUCCACCAACACCUACAUCACCAGGAGUUUCUACUACUGCUUUUACUGCUCCGACUCCAUCUACAGAAGCACCACCUCCCACAGGAACUGAAACACCAUCAACAGCAACUACAACUGCUGGUACACCAACAUCACAAGAAAUUUCUACUACUGCUGUUACUACAAAAACACCAAUCACAGAAACACCACCUCCGACACAAACAGAACCGUCAACGACAACAACAUCUGCUGGUCCACCAACACCUACAUCACCAGGAGUUUCUACUACUGCUGUUACUGCUCCGACUCCAUCUACAGAAGCACCACCUCCCACAGGAACUGAAACACCAUCAACAGCAACUACAACUGCUGGUACACUAACACCAACAUCACAAGAAAUUUCUACUACUGCUGUUACUACUGAAACACCAAUCACAGAAACACCCCCUCCGACACAAACAGAACCAUCAACGACAACAACAACUGCAGGUCCACCGACACCUACAUCACCAGAAGUUUCUACUACUGCUGUUACUGCUCCUACUCCAUCUACAGAAGCACCACCUCCCACAGGAACCGAAACACCAUCCACAGCUACUACAACUCGUGGUAAACCAACAUCACCAGAAAUUUCUACUACUGCUGUUACUACAAAAACACCAAUCACAGAAACACCCCCUCCGACACAAACAGAGCCAUCAACGACAACAACAACUGCUGGUCCACCGACACCUACAUCACCAGGAGUUUCUACUACUGCUGUUUCUGCUCCUACUCCAUCUACAGAAGCACCACCUCCCACAGGAACUGAAACACCAUCAACUGCAACUACAACUGCUGGUACACCAACACCAACAUCACAAGAAAUUUCUACUACUGCUAUUACUACUGAAACACCAAUCACAGAAACACCACCUCCGACACAAACAGAACCAUCAACGACAACAACAACUGCUGGUCCACCAACACCUACAUCACCAGGAGUUUCUACUACUGCUGUUACUGCUCCUACUCCAUCUACAGAAGCACCACCUCCCACAGGAACUGAAACACCAUCAACAGCAACUACAACUGCUGGUACACCAACAUCAACAUCACAAGAAAUUUCUACUACUGCUGUUACUACUGAAACACCAAUCACAGAAACACCCCCUCCGACACAAACAGAACCGUCAACGGCAACAACAACUGCUGGUCCACCGACACCUACAUCACCAGGAGUUUCUACUACUGCUGUUACUGCUCCUACUCCAUCUACAGAAGCACCACCUCCCACAGGAACUGAAACACCAUCCACAGCUACUACAACUCUUGGUACACCAACAUCACCAGAAACGUCUACUACUGCUGUUACUACAAAAACACCAAUCACAGAAACACCUCCUCCGACACAAACAGAACCAUCAACGACAACAACACCUGCUGGUCCACCAACACCUACAUCACCAGGAGUUUCUACUACUGCUGUUACUGCUCCGACUCCAUCUACAGAAGCCCCACCUCCCACAGGAACUGAAACACCAUCAACAGCAACUACAACUGCUGGUACACCAACACCAACAUCACAAGAAAUUUCUACUACUGCUGUUACUACUGAAACACCAAUCACAGAAACACCCCCUCCGACACAAACAGAACCGUCAACGACAACAACAACAACAACUGCAGGUCCACCAACACCUACAUCACCAGAAGUUUCUACUACUGCUGUUACUGCUCCUACUCCAUCUACAGAAGCACCACCUCCCACAGGGACCGAAACACCAUCCACAGCUACUACAACUCGUGGUAAACCAACAUCACCAGAAAUUUCUACUACUGCUGUUACUACAAAAACACCAAUCAUAGAAACACCCCCUCCGACACAAACAGAACCAUCAACGACAACAACAACUGCUGGUCCACCAACACCUACAUCACCAGGAGUUUCUACUACUGCUGUUUCUGCUCCUACUCCAUCUACAGAAGCACCACCUCCCACAGGAACUGAAACACCAUCAACAGCAACUACAACUGCUGGUACACCAACACCAACAUCACAAGAAAUUUCUACUACUGCUAUUACUACAAAAACACCAAUCACAGAAACACCACCUCCGACACAAACAGAACCAUCAACGACAACAACAACUGCUGGUCCACCAACACCUACAUCACCAGGAGUUUCUACUACUGCUGUUACUGCUCCAACUCCAUCUACAGAAGCACCACCUCCCACAGGAACUGAAACACCAUCAACAGCAACUACAACUGCUGGUACACCAACAUCAACAUCACAAGAAAUUUCUACUACUGCUGUUACUACUGAAACACCAAUCACAGAAACACCCCCUCCGACACAAACAGAACCAUCAACGGCAACAACAGCAACAACUGCUGGUCCACCGACACCUACAUCACCAGGAGUUUCUACUACUGCUGUUACUGCUCCUACUCCAUCUACAGAAGCACCACCUCCCACAGGAACCGAAACAACAUCCACAGCUACUACAACUCUUGGUACACCAACAUCACAAGAAAUGUCUACUACUGCUGUUACUACAAAAACACCAAUCACAGAAACACCUCCUCCGACACAAACAGAACCAUCAACGGCAACAACAACUGCUGGUCCACCAACACCUACAUCACCAGGAGUUUCUACUACUGCUGUUACUGCUCCUACUCUAUCUACAGAAGCACCACCUCCCACAGGAACUGAAACACCUUCAACAGCAACUACAACUGCUGGUACACCAACACCAACAUCACAAGAAAUUUCUACUACUGCUGUUACUACUGAAACACCAAUCACAGAAACACCCCCUCCGACACAAACAGAACCGUCAACGACAACAACAACAACAACUGCUGGUCCACCAACACCUACAUCACCAGAAGUUUCUACUACUGCUGUUACUGCUCCUACUCCAUCUACAGAAGCACCACCUCCCACAGGGACCGAAACACCAUCCACAGCUACUACAACUCGUGGUAAACCAACAUCACCAGAAAUUUCUACUACUGCUGUUACUACAAAAACACCAAUCAUAGAAACACCCCCUCCGACACAAACAGAACCAUCAACGACAACAACAACUGCUGGUCCACCAACACCUACAUCACCAGGAGUUUCUACUACUGCUGUUUCUGCUCCUACUCCAUCUACAGAAGCACCACCUCCCACAGGAACUGAAACACCAUCAACAGCAACUACAACUGCUGGUACACCAACACCAACAUCACAAGAAAUUUCUACUACUGCUAUUACUACAAAAACACCAAUCACAGAAACACCACCUCCGACACAAACAGAACCAUCAACGACAACAACAACUGCUGGUCCACCAACACCUACAUCACCAGGAGUUUCUACUACUGCUGUUACUGCUCCAACUCCAUCUACAGAAGCACCACCUCCCACAGGAACUGAAACACCAUCAACAGCAACUACAACUGCUGGUACACCAACAUCAACAUCACAAGAAAUUUCUACUACUGCUGUUACUACUGAAACACCAAUCACAGAAACACCCCCUCCGACACAAACAGAACCAUCAACGGCAACAACAGCAACAACUGCUGGUCCACCGACACCUACAUCACCAGGAGUUUCUACUACUGCUGUUACUGCUCCUACUCCAUCUACAGAAGCACCACCUCCCACAGGAACCGAAACACCAUCCACAGCUACUACAACUCUUGGUACACCAACAUCACAAGAAAUGUCUACUACUGCUGUUACUACAAAAACACCAAUCACAGAAACACCUCCUCCGACACAAACAGAACCAUCAACGGCAACAACAACUGCUGGUCCACCAACACCUACAUCACCAGGAGUUUCUACUACUGCUGUUACUGCUCCUACUCUAUCUACAGAAGCACCACCUCCCACAGGAACUGAAACACCUUCAACAGCAACUACAACUGCUGGUACACCAACACCAACAUCACAAGAAAUUUCUACUACUGCUGUUACUACUGAAACACCAAUCACAGAAACACCCCCUCCGACACAAACAGAACCAUCAACGACAACAACAACUGCUGGUCCACCCACACCUACAUCACCAGAAGUUUCUACUACUGCUGUUACUGCUCCUACUCCAUCUACAGAAGCACCACCUCCCACAGGAACCGAAACACCAUCCACAGCUACUACAACUCGUGGUAAACCAACAUCACCAGAAAUUUCUACUACUGCUGUUACUAAAAAAACACCAAUCACAGAAACACCCCCUCCGACACAAACAGAACCAUCAACGACAACAACAACUGCUGGUCCACCAACACCUACAUCACCAGGAGUUUCUACUACUGCUGUUUCUGCUCCUACUCCAUCUACAGAAGCACCACCUCCCACAGGAACUGAAACACCAUCAACAGCAACUAAAACUGCUGGUACACCAACACCAACAUCACAAGAAAUUUCUACUACUGCUGUUACUACUGAAACACCAAUCACAGAAACACCCCCUCCGACACAAACAGAACCAUCAACGACAACAACAACUGCUGGUCCACCAACACCUACAUCACCAGAAGUUUCUACUACUGCUGUUUCUGCUCCUACUCCAUCUACAGAAGCACCACCUCCCACAGGAACUGAAACACCAUCAACAGCAACUACAACUGCUGGUACACCAACAUCAACAUCACAAAUAAUUUCUACUACUGCUGUUACUACUGAAACAUCAAUCACAGAAACACCCCCUCCGACACAAACAGAACCGUCAACGGCAAAAACAACUGCUAGUCCACCGACACCUACAUCACCAGGAGUUUCUACUACUGCUGUUACUGCUCCUACUCCAUCUACAGAAGCACCACCUCCCACAGGAACCGAAACACCAUCCACAGCUACUACAACUCUUGGUACACCAACAUCACAAGAAAUGUCUACUACUGCUGUUACUACAAAAACACCAAUCACAGAAACACCUCCUCCGACACAAACAGAACCAUCAACGGCAACAACAACUGCUGGUCCACCAACACCUACAUCACCAGGAGUUUCUACUACUGCUGUUACUGCUCCUACUCUAUCUACAGAAGCACCACCUCCCACAGGAACUGAAACACCAUCAACAGCAACUACAACUGCUGGUACACCAACACCAACAUCACAAGAAAUUUCUACUACUGCUGUUACUACUGAAACACCAAUCACAGAAACACCCCCUCCGACACAAACAGAACCAUCAACGACAACAACAACUGCUGGUCCACCCACACCUACAUCACCAGAAGUUUCUACUACUGCUGUUACUGCUCCUACUCCAUCUACAGAAGCACCACCUCCCACAGGAACUGAAACACCUUCAACAGCAACUACAACUGCUGGUACACCAACACCAACAUCACAAGAAAUUUCUACUACUGCUGUUACUACUGAAACACCAAUCACAGAAACACCCCCUCCGACACAAACAGAACCAUCAACGACAACAACAACUGCUGGUCCACCCACACCUACAUCACCAGAAGUUUCUACUACUGCUGUUACUGCUCCUACUCAAUCUACAGAAGCACCACCUCCCACAGGAACUGAAACACCGUCAACAGCAACUACAACUGCUGGUACACCAACAUCAAAAGAAAUUUCUACUACUGCUGUUACUACUGAAACACCAAUCACAGAAACACCCCCUCCGACACAAACAGAACCAUCAACGACAACGGCAACUGCUGGUCCACCCACAUCUACAUCACCAGAAGUUUCUACUACUGCUGUUACUGCUCCUACUCCAUCUACAGAAGCACCACCUCCCACAGGAACUGAAACACCAUCAACAGCAACUACAACUGCUGGUACACCAACACCAACAUCACAAGAAAUUUCUACUACUGCUGUUACUACUGAAACACCAAUCACAGAAACACCACCUCCGACACAAACAGAACUGUCAAUGACAACAACAACUGCUGGUCCACCGACACCUACAUCACCAGGAGUUUCUACUACUGCUGUUACUGCUCCUACUCCAUCUACAGAAGCACCACCUCCCACAGGAACCGAAACACCAUCCACAGCUUCUACAACUCUUGGUACACCAACAUCACCAGAAAUGUCUACUACUGCUGUUACUACAAAAACACCAAUCACAGAAACACCUCCUCCAACACAAACAGAACCAUCAACAACAACAACAACUGCUGGUCCACCAACACCUACAUCACCAGGAGUUUCUACUACUGCUGUUUCUGCUCCUACUCCAUCUACAGAAGCACCACCUCCCACAGGAACCGAAACACCAUUAACAACUUCUACAACUGCUGGUACACCAACACCGACAUCACAAGAAAUUUCUACUAUUGCUGUUACUACUGAAACACCAAUCACAGAAACACCCCCUCCGACACAAACAGAACCAUCAACGACAACAACAACUGCUGGUCCACCCACACCUACAUCACCAGAAGUUUCUACUACUGCUGUUACUGCUCCUACUCCAUCUACAGAAGCACCACCUCCCACAGGAACUGAAACACCUUCAACAUCAUCUACAACUGCUGGUACACCAAGACCAACAUCACAAGAAAUUUCUACUACUGCUGUUACUACUGAAACACCAAUCACAGAAACACCCCCUCCGACACAAACAGAACCAUCAACGACAACAACAACUGCUGGUCCACCCACACCUACAUCACCAGAAGUUUCUACUUCUGCUGUUACUGCUCCUACUCCAUCUACAGAAGCACCACCUCCCACAGGAACUGAAACACCUUCAACAGCAACUACAACUGCUGGUCCACCAACACCAACAUCAAAAGAAAUUUCUACUACUGCUGUUACUACUGAAACACCAAUCACAGAAACACCCCCUCCGACACAAACAGAACCAUCAACGACAACAGCAACUGCUGGUCCACCCACACCUACAUCACCAGAAGUUUCUACUAAUGCUGUAACUGCUCCUACUCCAUCUACAAAAGCACCACCUCCCACAGGACCUGAAACACCUUCAACAGCAACUACAACUGCUGGUACACCAACACCAACAUCACAAGAAAUUUCUACUACUGCUGUUACUACUGAAACACCAAUCACAGAAACACCCCCUCCAACACGAACAGAAACUCCAUCAACAGCAACAACAACUGCUGCUCCACCAACACCUACAUCACCAGGAGUUUCUACUACUGCUGUUACUGCUCCUACUCCAUCUACAGAAACACCACCUCCAACAGGAACCAAAACACCACCCAUAUUUACUACUACUGCUGGUACACCAACACCAAUAUCACCAGAAGUUUCUACUACUGCUCUUACUGCUACAACAUCAUCUAUAGAAACACUACCUCCCACAGGAACAGAAACACCUCUGACACUAUCAGCAAUUACUACAACCAUUGUUAAAUCAACAGUUUUGACAGUAACACCUAAAGUGACAGAAAUGCCAUCAACCGAUUUCACUGUAUAUACAGAAUCAACACCUGAAAUAACACAUGGUACAUCACCUCAAAUUGUCAUCACAACAAUAUGUCACUGUACAUUUGCAAAUCAAACUUUCCCACCUGAGUCAAUCAUUUACAACAAAACUGAUAAAGCAGGCUGGUGCUACUUCGCUUACUGCAACUCAAAUUGUGUUAGUGAAAUAACACAGAAACCAUGUCCUCAGACUACUACGGUUCCAGUUUCAACUGUUCCAAAUGACUGUACCAAUGUCAACAGAAAGAAUGGAGAGACAUGGAAUGAGGAAUGUACCACUAAAACCUGCAUAAAUGGGAAUGUUACCACAAGCCCUGUACAGUGUGAUCCAGCAGAUUCUGUCAUACCUACAUGUGUCAACGGACUUAAGCCUGAGAAGGUUUAUUAUAACAAUGGCUGCUGCGCUAAGUACGAGUGUCUAUGUCGAUGCAGUGGCUGGGGUGACCCUCAUUACAAUACGUUUGAUGGAAAAUAUUAUACUUUCCAAGGAAAUUGCGACUAUGUGUUGGUCCGAGAAAUCAUUCCAAGACACAAUAUCAGCGUCUAUGUUAAAAAUUAUUAUUGCGAUGUUACAAAUAAUUUUGCUUGUCCAGAGUAUGUGACUGUUAAGUACAAAUCCUAUGAAAUCAAGCUAGCAAGUAACAGUAAAGAGAUACAGGUUUACGUCAAUGAUGCUGUUAAAGUCCCAACUUUCUUGAAUGAAGAUUUCAGCAUCACUACCUCUGGCAUGGCAGUGAUUUUGAUCAUUAAUGAAAUCAAAGCUGAGAUUUUAGUCAGUCAUCAAGGCUUUGAGAUCAAUCUCCCAUUCUCCUACUUCCAUGGUAAUACAGAGGGACAGUGCGGUGUUUGUGACAAUGAUGCCACAAAUGACUGCAGACGUCCCGAUGGAACAACUGACCAAUCAUGUGAGCAAAUGGCAGCAUUGUGGGUGGACUCCCCAGAAUGUGAAAACCCUCCACCACAUCCAAGCGAACCUCUUCCUACCUGCACAGCACAAAUCUGUGAGGUCAUCAAGAGCGAUUUGUUCAAGAGCUGUCAUGACACCGUUCCCUAUCAAAGAUACUAUGAGGCAUGUAAAUAUGAUGUGUGCUACAAGAAAAAUGACUCCAUGGCCUGUGCCAGUGUGGAGGCCUAUGCACAGCAAUGUGGCCAGCAGUCUAUAUGUGUGGACUGGAGAGACUCAGCUGAUCUUAACGGGCUAUGCACAUACAAAUGUGCUGAUCACAAAGUCUUCAAGGCAUGUGGGCCUAAAGUUGAAAGAACCUGCAGUACAAGAUACAAUGAGAUGUUUGUGGAAGACCAAAGCAAAACCGACCAUCAAACAUUCAUGGAAGGUUGUUACUGUCCUGAAAACACAUAUCUAGUUAGUUCAACAACAGACCAGUGCACAGCUACUUGCGACUGCAUUGGCCCAGAUGGGUUACCAAGACAGCCAGGAGAUAAAUGGAUCGUGAACUGUACAACAUACAAAUGCUCCACUGAGAGCUUUGGUGUUGUUCAAGAACCUAUGAAUUGUCCAACCAUAGAGCCUUGUGGCCAUGAAUACAAAAGCAUAAUUGAAAACUGCUGUCCAACCUGCGUGUGUGAUACCAGCCAGUGUUCUAUGAAGUGUGAUGUGGGAUAUGAGUUAGCAGCAAAGAUACCUGAGGACAGAUGCUGUCCACCAUGUGUGCCCAAAGAUGUAUGUGUGCACAAUAAUACUGAAUACCAGCCUGGAGUUAAAAUCCCUACAGAGCCUUGUUUGGAAUGUUACUGCCAAAUGGAUAAAGACCCACAGACCCAACUACAUUCUGUUGCAUGUGUUAAUAAAGUCUGUACACCUUGUGCUGAGGGCUUUGAGAGCGUAGAACAAGUAGGAGAGUGCUGUGGAACAUGCAAGCAAACCAGCUGCAUUUAUACUGCACCGGGCAACACCACACAUAUUCUCCAGGAUGGAGAAGUGAAAAGUUACAGUUGUGAGAAUAUCACCUGCAGUAAAAUUAAUGGCUUGUUUGUGACAGAGAAAAUCACACCAAAAUGCCCUUAUUUCAAUCCGGAUGACUGUGAGCCUGGAACUGAGAGAUAUGAUGCAGCUGGAUGUUGCAAGAUCUGUGAGCCCAAGACGUGCAUUGUUUUGAAGAACACAACCAAUGUGGAUGUAAAUGACUGCAAGUCCAUCCAACCCAUAGAAGUGACAUCCUGCAGUGGUCACUGUGGUACCCAAUCAAUGUAUUCAAUGGAAGAGAACAGCAUGAAGCACAUCUGUUCUUGUUGCCAAGAGGAGAAAAUCAGCCAUCGUCAGGUGACGCUGAAGUGUGCCGAUGACAGACAGGUCGUUCAUGACUAUAUUUACAUUGAGAGCUGCACAUGCACUCCUAAAAAGUGUAUAGACUAGAAGCCCUGAAAACUUGAUAAAAGAUGCUGAUCUUAAAGCUUUUCAUUUGGUUAUUACUGAUGUGAACUAAAUUACUUAAGACAAGAUAUAUUUGAAAUAAGGAGCAUGGCAAGGAAUACAUGAUUUUAUUCUAGGGCUAGGAUUUUCACUUUAAAUAUGGUCUAAAAUGUUUAAAUUAUCUAUAACAAAACUAUUUCUUUUCUGUGGUAUAAUGAGAGUUCUGUAUAAUUGUGAUGAAAUAAGUGUAUGUUCAACACAAUAAAGAAGUAAACCAGCAACACAAAA